UAUGUCUCCAGGCAAUGAGAAAAUAAAGUAAAACAUCUGACUGUGUUGGUCUGAAAGUUUUUGUUUUUGGAGUCGACUUGUAACAGCGUUGUGUUAAGGUUGGUUUUAAGCUGCAUUUGUGUCUGCGGCAAUUACUUAAUCCUGCAUCCUGUUCCCUGUGGGGGUUGCGAGGUAAUCUUGAAUACCUUAAUAAGAUUUCAGUGUCUACGACCACUAUUCUGCUUGCUAGCACAUUGAGUCUGAGGAACCUCCAUCAACAACAACAUGUUUGACUUUGACACUGCAAAGAUACAGACAACAGACAGACCAUGUCAGGAGGUUUGAUCCUCAUAACAAUGAAUUAAAAGAGGAAUACUGUUACCAGACAGACAGAGAGGACUUCCACCAUUCUGCCAUGGAGGGGUCAACUGCAAGGAAAAUGCCAGGAUACGGACAUCACAAAAAAGAGACCUCCGUUGGCCGCCACCGGAUUACCCGUCAGUCCACAGCGGACCGCAGCGGCGACGAGGGCGUGACGCUCAGGAAACUGAACGGUUCCUCUGUGGAGACACGGAGCUACCAGAACCUGCACCGGGAGCUGCUGCUCAGCCACAAACGGGGUCUGGUGCUCGAGGAGAAACCGGAGCUGACACGAGUGUUGGAGCAGCGGAGGCUGGAGCUGCACAAGGAGGAGGAGAUGGCUCAGCGGCGGCCCUCAGACCUGGAGACGGAGCUGCGCAAGAGGCAACAGAAGAUGCAAGAGUAUGAGCGAGAGGAGAUCAGACAGCGGGAGAACCAGGAGAAGAUCCCAGAGUUUGUGCGUGUGAAGGACAACCUGAGGCGGACACAAACGUCUGAGCAGUGAGGCCCCGCGGCGCCCAUCGGCCCCUUGCUGCAUCUCACCGCUGAGGCCCUAUCUUCAUGUCAACUGUCUGCUGGCGACAAAACAUGUUACAAAGGCACCAGCUCACUGCACAUUGUGACUUCACCAUUACAUUAUGAAAUAUCAGAAUUAGUCGACAAUCAUGCAUGACAAGAAGGACAUAACUUUCAAACAGUUCUGAUGAAGUAAAGAAGCUCUUGUUUUUUAUCCAUAGCUAUGCGGAUAAUUUCAUGUGGGAAAGAAUGGAGAUUUUUAAAGGUUUUUUUAUGGUCAUUAUAUUAUUUUUCAACUUAUCAUGCUUCCUCCUGUAUUUCAAGAAUGUGGAAAUAUUUUGUUGUUUGUUUACUGGAAGAGCCACACAAUUCUUUACUGUAGAAGACCUUUAUACAAUUAAAGACAUUUCUAAACAGAACUAUUGUACUAAUAGAAAUACACCACAAAUGCGCAUGUUUAUGCAUCUGUUUCUAUCGUGACUUUAGAUUUUUUGUGUGUCCAUUUGUUGUGAAAAUAAAGGCUCUAUGGUUUGCAGAGAUGUGUUGUUUUGUUGGACAAUUCAAAGCACUGCAAAUUGAUUUGCAUAAAGCUCUCCUCCCUGAGGACUCUAACCCUUCUUUCACAUGGAUAUGGGACCUUGUUUAAUUACCUCAUCUUUUCAUUCCAUCACGGGACGAGAGGAGAAAGCACAGGCCAUCUGGAGGAUAUUUUUUAGGAUAUAUAGGCUAGGCAUACCCAAGGGCCUGGUUAAAGCAACGGAGACAUUUGGGAUGGGAAGACAAAUAAAAAACAGCCUGUUUGCUAUUAAACUAU